ACGACGACCCGCGCGGCGUAGUGUUCCGUCGCCAUCGCUCCCUUGAUAAAUCGCGUGGGCUUGCAACUGAACUAGUGUGCGUGCAUGUGUAUGCGUGUUUUUAGUGAAUAGCACAGCAAAGGAGAAAAAAAACCACACAGCUGAGCGCAUAGAGACUGCGGACUGGCAAGAAAUCAAACCCCAACAACGCGGAUGAUGCGCGGGGAAUGGUUGGUGCUGAAUGUUAGUUUCAUAUUAGCAAACCGGCGAUGUGUGUGUGUGUGCGUAAUCUCGAUCUCCCCAUCGCGACUCCUUCCCGUCUGGUCUGGUCAGUCUGGUUUCUAGCGCCGCGUCCUGCACAACCGUACGUCCGCGGUCGACUUAUCAUCUGAGUGUAAUCAUUUCAGUAACUCUUCAGUUCCGCUCCGGUAGCUUAGUGAUAGAGGGAUAGAGACUAACCUUCAAAGUGCGUGCAAGUGUGUGUGUGUAUGUGUUGUGUGUGUACCUGUACCUGGAAGUGCGGUGAGCGAGUGUGUAUGUGUACAGUGUAACGACAACACAGUGUGCUGGAAUGGAAAUGUCCCUGCCGUGCGAUGACAGCGCGUGAACAACGAGUUUAAAGCGAACGUUUAUUGCGAAACAAAAAGCUGCCGAAAAUCAUCAUUUGCCGUUCCGUUGUUGCCCCACGGGCCUCCGUGAACAGAGAAGAGAACCCCCCAAAGCCUACUCAGUGCAUAAUUGUUCGCUCACCUUCCACGAGAGCAGCUGCUUAACCGUUUCCAGAACAUCCAGAAGGGGUAAAAAGCACACCAAACCGCUUCGGGCCGACAGGGCAGGGCGUGUAGAAAGCACGGGCAUGGAUCCGUACGGCUGGCCGGCUUCACCGUUGCGUGCUGGCGGUGGCGGUGGUGGUGGAGGAGGAGGUGGAGGUCCCAGCGGAAUGUACGACAACAUUUCCAACGACGGCAUACCGAUGGACGCGCUGGCCGAGCUGCAGGACACGGGAUUCGAGCCGCAGACGCGGGCCCGCUCCAACACCUGGCCCCUGCCGCGGCCGGAGAACUUUGUCGAACCGGAAACGGAACCGGACAGCAACAAGUGCAGCAAUCAGCAGCUGGCCAACACCGGCUCCAGCAAUACGCAGCUGCAGGCGGCCGCAUCAUCGUCCUCGUCCAAGAAGAACUCCUCGCGACGCAACGCCUGGGGCAAUCUAUCGUACGCCGACCUCAUCACACAAGCCAUCAGCUCGGCCAGCGACAGCCGCCUAACGCUCAGCCAGAUCUACGAGUGGAUGGUGCAGAACGUGCCGUACUUCAAGGAUAAGGGCGACUCGAACAGCAGCGCUGGCUGGAAGAACUCGAUCCGGCACAAUUUAUCGCUGCACAAUCGCUUCAUGCGGGUACAGAACGAGGGUACGGGCAAGUCGUCCUGGUGGAUGCUGAACCCGGACGCAAAGCCGGGCAAGUCGGUGCGCCGGCGAGCCGCCUCGAUGGAAACGUCCAAGUACGAGAAGCGCCGGGGCCGGGCGAAAAAGCGCGUCGAAGCGAUCCGGCAGCAGGCUGCCCUCGGUCUGGCCACCAACCCACUGAACGAUGCCACCCCGUCACCGAGCAGUAGUGUUAGUGAAGGAUUAGAUCUGUUCCCGGAGAGUCCACUGCAUAGCGGUAACUUUCAGCUGUCGCCCGACUUCCGGCAGCGCGCCUCCUCGAACGCGAGCUCGUGCGGUAGGUUAAGCCCAAUCCAGUCGAUCGUGGGCGUCGAGAACACGUGGAACUAUACGGCGGCGGACGUGGCCGACCUGGUCGACAGUGCCGAGCAGGCGCAGGGCGACGUGCUCGAGCUGGACAUCGGUACGCUCGAUCAGCUGGCCGGCUCGCUGGCGGACGAGCUGACGCUGCAGCAGAACGAUUACUUCAAAGGAUUUACGCAGUCGACGGCGAUGCACAAUCAGCCACCGCCGCCACCGUACCAGCCGCCCCAGCCCUACUCGCUGAUGGCCUCGGUCGCCCCGUCCUACGGUCUCCCGCAGCAACAGAAUCAGUGCCCGAUUCAUCGCAUACAACAUUGUACCUGCAUGCUACAGAAUAAUGCUCGUGAGAGCAUCUCACCGGCAUCCGGCACCGGCAUGUCGCCCUCAUAUCCGCACAGCGAACCGUCACCUGACUACGCCAUGCUAAUUGGAUCUCGCGUAAUACAAAGAACGCCCUCGUCUAGUCCUCCGCUAACGCCAAAUACGAUCUGCGGAUUGAUAGCGCCACCGCCGCAGCAGCAGCAGCAGCAAGAUCCAACACCGCAGACGCUAAUGGGUCAAGUGAUGGAAGCUUUAAACAGCCAAACAAACAUCGACGACAUCAACAUCAACGUGGAAGCGUUUCCGUGUGUGGAUGAGGUGCUAAAGCACGAGCUCAGCUUGGAGGGAUCGCUCGAUUUCUCCAACCUGCCACUGUCGAUCCACAACAGCUACGCGGCCCCGAACAAUUCCAACUCGUCCGACUCGUCGUCCGGGAUCAGUGCGAUGACCGCACCGUCCCCGAACCAGCAGGCGGCCGCACACAACCACGGCCAGUACGCGGCCCGCACGAGCGUCACGCCACCGUCCUGGGUGCACUAGGGAGUGUGUGAUGGAGUGCGCGGUGCAUGGAGCCGGUACCGAUGGCGCGAUGGCGCGCAUCGGUCCAGUGAAUUGAACGCUUUUCCGAGAGCGGACCCAGUGCCCAAGUGCUGUGAGAAUGCAUCCCCUUGAAAGAAAAGCCCAGCUUGCCGAUUGGGGGAGGAGAAAAUAAAAACAAAACACCGACGACCGAAACGACUCACGUGGGAAGCGCUGAACUGGUGAUCGUACGUGAUCGUACCGGAAACGGGGAGAACGAAAGGAGGAAAAGUGCUCUGCAAAAUGAGCAAUUAAACAGACAAGCCAAGCUUUUUGUUUUUAAUGUACAUAUAGUGUAUGCGAGAGCGUAAGUGUGUGUGAGAGAGAGAGAGCGAGAGAGAACGAGAGAGCGAGAGAAUGAAUGGAGUCUCUUGUGUGAAUGACAGCGAAGGCUAGUAAACAAGAUAGAGUGACAGGAAGAGUUGAUUAGUAGUAGGAGCGAUAGUAGGCGCGAUAGUAGGAGCGACAGUAGUAGAGUAGCGUUAGUUGCAAUAGUUUUUACCUUAGUACCUACACGCAGCUAUCCUUAUGUCGAGCUCUAAGCUGUGUAGCGUAAGGAGCAGCUUAGUACAUUGUUUUAAGAUGCGCAACAACAACAAAAGUCACACGCACACACAUAGUAAGCGAGAGAAGGAGUUGUUUUUUUUUUGUUUCGUUCGUUCUUUAACUAUAGUAGGGGCUAAGAUUUACGGAUUUAUUUGUGUUUUUUCCCUCUCUCUCCCUACUCCUGGUAGUGACAUCUCAUCAAAGCAUUGUUAAAUUGUUUGUUGAAUUUUUAUUUGAUUUGAUUUUUUGUGUACGAAAAGAAUUGUUUAACCGUUUAAUAACUAACAACAUUGCAAAGGUGUGCAACAAUAAACUCGCUGCACCGGGAAAAGGGUGACAAACACUGGUUUAGUUAAGUCAGCCUUUCCCCAUUCCCUUAAGCCGCCCCUCCCCACUCAUAAUACUUCCGCGCUGUGUGAAAACUCAACUGAAAGUUGUUUAUUGGUCUUCCUUUUACGACCGUUUUUUGUUAUGACUAAACACUAAAAACCUGAUCUUAUCUUGUUAUAAUAGUACUGUUUAAUUAUUUUUUUUUUCGUGCGUUUCGUUUAUUAUUAUUUUUUUUUUUGGGGCGGGGAUAAUAGAAUCGUUCUUUUGAAGGCGACCGCCCGAUAGUGUACAGAAUAAGCUUUUGCGAAGUAUGAAACCCGUAAACAUACGUAUAUAAUAAUCAAAUGUAGCUUAUCGAGUUAGCAAUUAGGAGAAGAAACUGUACAUACGUGACGACAAUAUAGGUUGUUAAGCUAAGCUAUAUAUAUACUCCGGUUGCUCUGGUUUUGGUACAACGAUCUGUUUCGCCGACAAGCCCUUCCCAGCAAGCCGCCCGCCCCCCGUAUUGGUCGUUUUUCAAGCGAUGGCUGCACAAGCUUCUUCUCGCUACUUAACACGCUACUACCACAAACGCUUGGUUGUUUGGUGAGAUAUCAUUUUUGUGGCAAGCGACCGUGUUGCUUGUUUGUCUCUCAUUUGAUAACUUAAAAAAAGACACCAAAUCAGCAUAGAAAUUUCCAUUGCAAAGGAAAACUUCUCCAUUUUCAUCUCGAUCACUAAACGUGUGCAGCCGUAGCCCCAGUUGAAAGCUGACGAUACGAUGGCGAGCGGGUCAUGUGUAUGUGUGUGAGCGUGCAGCGAGUGCAGCGAGAAUCAUAGCUAAAACGGUACACAUUAAUCGGUGUAGAACUUCUAAUUCAAUAAAUUGCCAGUGCCAUUAGGGAAAACAAAACAGAAAACAACAAAAUCUUCUAUUUGUACUCGACGGUAGGGGUGUGUGUGCGCACGUCGCACGAGAAAGAAAGCUAUUGCACCACACACAAACUAACAGCGCUGUAUGUGUAUUGUCGACUUAGUACGAUCCUUGCUAGCUGUUAAAACAGAAACAACCCCUCGAGAGUUCAUCCCCUUUACACACACACACACACACACACACACACACACACACACACUCAUUAUCGUGUAGGUUUGUGUACAGGACCAUGGUGUUGGUUGCGUUUGUCGUUUUCUUUCUCGCUAGUUGAUUCACGCGCAUUGCUACUCUACAUAAAGGUGUUAAGAGGGACGAUAAACGAUCGUAAGGUACGAUUGCACAGACUAGCUGUAGUAGGUUCCGAUAGGGCAAAAUGGUGCAUAUAGCUGCAAAAAAAAACUAGACAUACACAUACACAGAUACAUAUAAAUGGCUGUUUUGCUAGAUGAAGGUAGUGUUGUAUACCGGACGAAAAUCCGUAAAUGGUAGUCCCAGUUGUGUGAUCAAAACUCUCGGGACACUAGUGGUACGGCUUUAGGCUUUAGGGGAGACACAAGUGAAAUAGGCGUAACAUAAUUUCUUGCAUAGAUAAGGCGAGUGUGUAUGGGCGCGUGUCCGUUUGUGUGUGUGUGUGUGUGAGAGAGAGUGUUCUAGAGUUAAUAAAUCUAAAUUCAAAUCAUACUUAGGCUGAAUGGCGGGGGAGGGAGCGUAGAAGAUCAACAAAAAACUGCAACAUAAAUAUCUAACACACUGUAAUUUAAGAGAAAUAAUCAAUUGUUUCACGCGUGUAUGUGUAGUGAAAGCACACAAAAAAAAUGCGAGAAAAUCCUGUUUGGAAAAUUUCAAGAAAACAACACCAUUAAGAUUCCUUUUGGUUUUGUUUCCUUUGCUCAUUCUGAUUGGAAAACCGAUUUUUGUAAAACACUCCCCCCUCCCCCUCCUUCUCCCCCACAGUAUCUAUGAUAAGUGAUUGUGGUGUACGCUUACGAGCUGCAACGAGGAGGAGCAAGCAAGCAAGAAGGUAGUGGUGUGUACAGUAAUUAGUAAUAUUUCGAUUGGUAGCUUUAACGCGUGCUGCAGCGUUAAACAAACAUUGUUAGAAACAAGAAUUAAAGCAGUAAAGUAAAGCAAAUUGUGUAAAGAAUCGUCAGUUAGUGAGCUAAGAGGCAUCUAAAAGAGUAGGACAACACAAGCGCUUAUAACGGGAAUAAGGAAGCUGUAGGGAGGAACUGAUCGUGAAGGGCGGCGCACUCUUAUUAUCAACAUCCAUUAAAACCAUCCAUGCCACUUUUCUUCAAGCCUUCAAGGGCUAUAUUUUUGGUUUAUUUUCGACUUUUUGUUUAAUGCUGCAAUUAUUACACUGAAAUGCAAAAAAGAAAAACAACAUCAAUGUGCAAUUUAGUUAAUGUAAACACACGCAAGUGUAAAGAACCGACAGCUAAGUACGCAGAGAAGCAGUAGAGCGUAAGCAACACACAAAGAAGAGAAAAAUUACACUAAAAACUAAUAAGCAAUGCUAUGAGUGAAUGCAAAAAAAAAAAAAAACAGACAAAUGGAAAAGUAAAAAAGGGGAAAAACAAGGCAUCGGAGAACGUUGAAUAGAAGGAUAGAAAAGAAAAAAAGAGCGCUUCAUGAAACGAAACAUAAAAACCACAAAACAAGCAAGCAAAACAAGAUGGAGCUGUGAGCAAAUGAAUGUCGCAAAGUAGCAAACAAACAAACAAAAAGCCGUAUGUGUUCAGGAAAGCUUCCCCCGAGAGAGAGAGCGAGAGAGACGAUACACGGUGGAAAACUAGCACUUUAACUGUUGUUCUGUUCUGGUGCUGUUUAGCUAUUGGGAGGGGUAGUGAAUUGACUUGAUGGCAACAGAGACAAAAAAAACAGCAACAACUUUGAAACAUCAACAAUACUAGCUAAGUCCUUUAUACUCCUGUUAUAUUUCAGUUUUGGCUUCUAUCGUUCCACAUACUCAUUUCGGUUCUUUUUUUAAGUGCUGUUUGUACGUGUGUGUGGAUGUUAAUUUUUCAUUCAUCUUUAAUACUUCAUUAGCUUAACUUUUUUUUUAGUUUUGCUUCUUUCCUCCCCCUUUUCCCCCAUUUCUUUUUGUGUUUAGUUACUUUUUAUCGCCAUUUUGUACAAAUUAAGUUAGGUUUGGAAUGUUCGUACGUUGCGACACAUGCGCUGCAAAUUAGUUCGGUAAGGAUAAUAAACUAGCGCGAAUGUUAUCGGAAGGGAAGGAAAGGAAGAAAAGCUAUCGGAAGCGUUUGUAGCAAAUAGGUGUGCGUAUUGCUGUAGGGAAAGUGAAUUUGGAUUGUGCGGCGGAUUGUCAGUAGAACAAAACAAGAAUGAGUUUGUUGGCGUGUGUGUGUGUGUGUGAGAGAGAGAGAGAGAGAGAGAGAGAGAGAGAGAGAGAGAGA